AUGCAGUACAAACUUCAAGUGCGCAACUUUAUCUUCGUAGUGCUCAGUCUGGCGCUGCUCGUGGGCCUUGCCUCGAGUGUGGCCGCUGAAGCCCUGGACACGGAGGGUCGCUGGUAUCAACAGCAAGUGACGGUGACUCCACAGGUGCAGUGCACACCUGUGACGUACACAGCAACUUGUGUGCCGAAGCAGGCGUGCGUUCAGUACACGACACAACAGGUUUGCGAGAAAAAGCAGACCGUAUGCCAGCAGGUGCAGCAGGUGCAGCAGGUGCAACAAGUGCAGCAGGUGCAGAAGACGGUGAUUCCGGUGAAGAAGACCGUCAUGCCCAUGAAGAAACAGCCCAUGUAUCGCUGGUACCAGUACGAGCAGGUUCAAGCAACGGCUACGCCAACGCCGAUUUGCACCCAGGUGUGUCAGUACGCGAACGUGCAGGUCUGUGCUGCCUACGAGCAAUACGAGGUUUGCAAGGUUUGCACGCAACAGUACGAGGAAGUUCAGAAAUGUCAGCAGCAGUACCAGCAGCAGUACCAGCAGCAGUACCAGCAGCAGUACCAGCAGCAGUACCAGCAGAUGUAUCGGUGGUAUCAGCAGGUGCAGGUGACCCAGUGCCCGGUUGAAUGCCAGGCGGGUCAGGUGCAAUGCCAGUACGUGAAGCAGGUGAUCUCGACACCGAAGGUACCGUUGACGAAAUUGCCGCCACCACCACCACCACCAAGUGUGACGCCAGUGCCAACGGUAAUCCCUACCGUCAUCCCGACGACCGUCAUUCCUACGGUCAUCCCGACGACCGUCAUUCCAACGAUCGUGCCAACGACCGUCAUUCCGACAGUCGUCUCGACGACGAUCAUUGCGGUGCCUACUACGUCACCAGUCUCGGUUACGGAGAUGUCGUCAAGCGUAUAUUGA